AUGGCCCCGCACGUCCAAACCUUCCCCUCCUCCCAGCUCCCCUCCCACAUCCACCACCUCCCCAACAGCUCCCACCGCGCCCGCAAGACCCCCAGCGGGAAACCGACCGACCUCUCCCGCGACUGCGACCUCUUCUCGUUUGUGCAGUACGACUGCCAGAUCGCCCGCCCCAACGAGGCCAACUGCCCCGUCGUGUGCACGCCCGUCAAGCGCUUUUUCAGGGUAUGCCCGAUGAAGAACGGUGGCACUUUUACAGCCGAGACGACAAGUUGGGAGUGUCUGAAUGCUCUGAGCAAGGGGGCGGGCGGCGAUGCCGCCGCUGGAGGGACGCAAUUGGAGGUGGGUGCGCAAACAGCAAAGAGAUAG